AAGCCAGGAUUGGCUCUGAAGUGAUCCCUCAGCAGAAGCAGCCUUAGCAGCUUGGACCAUGGCAGCAGGAGUAGCAGCUUGGUUGCCCUUUGCCCGGGCAGCAGCCAUAGGAUGGAUGCCAGUGGCCACAAGUCCCAUGCCAGCUGCUCCCCGGCAGGAGAGAAAGCGAAGCCAGGACUCUCUGAUUGUGCUGAAUGUGAGCGGCAUCCAGUUCCAGACUUGGCUGGAUACCCUGGAGCGCUACCCGGAUACGCUGCUGGGCAGCUCAGAGCGAGACUUCUUCUACCACCCAGAAACGCAGCAGUACUUUUUUGACCGAGAUCCUGAUAUCUUCCGUCACAUACUCAAUUUCUACCGUACAGGGAAGCUUCAUUACCCCCGGCAAGAGUGCAUCUCGGCAUACGAUGAGGAGCUGGCCUUCUUUGGCAUCAUCCCUGAGAUCAUUGGCGAUUGCUGCUAUGAGGAGUACAAGGAUCGUCGGCGUGAGAACGCCGAGCGCUUGCAGGAUGAUGCUGACCAGGAUCAUGCAGCCGAGAACUCCCUGCCUUCCAUGACGGCUCGGCAGAGGAUGUGGCGGGCCUUCGAAAACCCACACACCAGUACACUGGCCCUGGUCUUCUACUAUGUCACUGGUUUCUUCAUUGCUAUUUCUGUCAUCGCCAAUGUGGUGGAGACAGUGCCCUGUGGCAUAAGUCCUGGUCGUAUCAAGGAGCUGCCCUGUGGAGAGCGCUAUGCUGUAGCUUUCUUCUGCCUGGAUACAGCUUGUGUCAUGAUUUUUACUGUUGAGUAUUUGCUGCGUUUGGUGGCAGCUCCCAGCCGCUACAAAUUUGUGCGCAGUGUCAUGAGUAUUAUUGAUGUAGUCGCCAUCAUGCCCUAUUACAUUGGCUUGGUGAUGACAGAUAAUGAGGAUGUCAGUGGGGCCUUUGUGACACUGCGUGUCUUCCGUGUCUUCCGGAUCUUUAAGUUUUCCCGCCACUCGCAGGGGCUGCGUAUCCUGGGCUACACGCUGAAGAGUUGUGCCUCGGAGUUAGGCUUUCUCCUCUUUUCACUUACCAUGGCCAUCAUCAUCUUUGCCACGGUCAUGUUUUAUGCAGAAAAAGGUUCAUCAGCCACCAAGUUCACCAGCAUCCCUGCGGCUUUUUGGUACACCAUUGUCACUAUGACAACACUGGGGUAUGGUGAUAUGGUGCCGAAGACAAUAGUUGGGAAGAUCUUUGGUUCGAUAUGUUCUCUGAGUGGGGUCUUAGUCAUUGCUCUGCCUGUUCCUGUUAUUGUCUCCAACUUCAGUCGUAUCUACCACCAGAAUCAACGAGCAGACAAGCGCAGGGCACAAAAGAAAGCCAGGCUUGCCAGAAUUCGUGCAGCAAAGAGUGGGAGUGCUAAUGCUUACAUGCAGAGCAAACGAAAUGGCUUACUGAGUAAGCAGCUGCAGCAGUUCUCCAGUGAAGAAGAACAGGCCUUUGUUAGCAAAUCCGGCUCUUGCUUUGAAACACAGCAUCACCACCUGCUCCACUGUCUGGAAAAAACCACGGGUCUAUCUUAUGUUGUGGAUGAUCCCAGCUUAUCAAUAAGCUGUUCGACAGCCACGAAGAAUCAUGAAUUUGUGGAUGAACAAGCCUAUGAAGAAAGCUGUAUGGAGGUUUCCACAGUCAAUCGACCCUCAAGCCACAGUCCUUCUCUCUCUUCUCAACAAGGUGUUACCAGCACUUGCUGCUCACGCCGACAUAAAAAGACAUUCCAUAUCCCAAACACCAAUGUAACCGGCAGCCGUCAAGGAAGUGUACAAGAACUCAGCACCAUCCAGAUCAGAUGUAUGGAGAGAACACCUCUAUCUAACAGUCGAUCCAGGUUAAAUGCCAAAGUGGAAGAGUGCGUUAAACUAAACUGUGAGCAGCCUUAUGUCACCACAGCAAUAAUCAGCAUCCCAACACCCCCAGUCACCACACCCAAAGGGGAUGAUAGGCCACAAUCUCCCGAAUAUUCAGGAGGAAACAUUGUCAGAGUAUCUGCUUUAUAAAACAAGUAGAAUAGACGCUUGGAGACUCAGCUGUAGCAGGAAAAAAAAUAGUUCUGGAGAAACAGAAAGCUGGAAAAGGCAACACGCCCUUGGUAGGGGUUACAGCAACAA